AUGUUGAAAGGGAUCUUGAACCAUCGAUCAAUUGGAGUCGACUCUCAGUCGUUUAUCAAGAUGCAGAACACCACCGCCAACACCACUGUUGUCAACCCUCGCGAGAAGUUGGCUGCCGAUGUUCAAGAGAACUCCACCGUUGACUCUCAACAUGCAAUUGAGAAAAUCGACGAGGCCUAUGUCGAAGAUGCAACGCCAGUCAUCGACCGGGCCGCCGAGAGGAAACUCGUGCGAAAACAAGAUCUCCUUAUUCUUCCUCUUUUGGGCCUUGGAUACUUGAUGGGUGUAUUGGACCGAAGCAACAUUGGAAAUGCCCGUCUCAUGGGCAUCCAGCAAGAUCUCAAUAUGACAAAUCAUCAGUUCUUUCAGGUUCUGAUGGUUACCUAUAUCGGUUUCCUGGUUCUUCAGACCCCUGCAGCACUUCUGAUGAAAAUAUUGGCUCCCCGCUGGGUUCUCGGCGGUUCGAUCACAAUGUUUGGCAUGGUCGCCGCCUUGUUCGCAGUGGCCCGCGGUUUCGCUGAUCUAAUUGGUCUUCGUCUGGUACUGGGGUUUGGCGAGGCUAUUGUCCCACUGUCUUUCUUGUAUCUCAGCAUGUGGUAUAAGCAUGACGAACUCGCUUUGAGAGGCGGUCUGAUCUAUUGGUCGACUAGUGUCGCUAGCUUUGCAGGCGGCUUGAUCGCAUAUGGUGUGGACAAGAACGUCCACAACGCUCACGGCAUUAGAAGCUGGCAAUGGUUGUUCAUUGUAGAGGGAGUUCCAACUGUCGCUAUUGGUCUCCUCAUCAUGGCGCUGUUGCCAGGAUAUCCGGACAAAGUCGUCGCCAAGGGGCAUUUCUUAUUCAAUAGCUCCGAGAAUGAACUUCUUCUCGCGCGAAUCAAGGCCAGUCAGAAUACAGCUGGUGCUAAAGUGGUUCCCCGCCAAAUCUGGAUUGCGAUCAAGGAUCCCAAAACAUAUCUAGGAUCACUGAUGCUUACUGCGGUGGGAACCAGCGCUGCCGCGUUCUCUGUCUUCUUACCGACGUUCAUCAACGCCUUUGGAUUCGAUCGACUCACUUCUCAACUCUACACCAUCAUCCCCUACAGCUUCGCGGUGGUGUCGAUGCCUCUAGCAUGUUGGCUGUCAGAUAAAUACCAGCAACGUGGGAUUGCAAUGGCCGGGUGUCUUGGCUGCUGUCUCAUUGGCAUCAUCAUCAUCCUAGCAUCCCCAAAUCCCACUGUAUCCAUGGCAGGCACCUGCUUUGUUGCCGCUGGCACAUAUCCAGGAAACCCCAUCGCCGUCGCCUGGAUCAGCACCAUCCACGGAGGAUACACCAAGAGAAGCACCGUCUAUGGUAUCCAACAGAUUUUCAUCAACAGUUUCAUCAUCAUGGCAACCCAAGUCUUUGACACCCCACCCAAGUUCUACAAAGGCAAUGGCAUCCUGCUAGGCAUCUUCGUUGUCGCCUUUUCUUGCACUGCCAUUCUGUACUUUUGGCUGAGACACGAAAACCGCAAACGCGAUGCUGCAGCCGAGGCCCGUCGUAAUGGAACUGCACCACCACUGCCAGAUGAUAUUGGUGACUUUGAGACUCUCUGUGAUUAUCAUCCAAACUGGAGAUAUCCUCUGUGA